CAUUGCCUUUGGUAGGCGCCAAUUAGUAUCAGACGAGGGGGAAGUGCGAGGGUCCACCGCUUCCUCCUCGCCCUCUCCGCACCAACCCUAAUUCGUAUUCCCCUUCUCGUCGUCGAUGUUCCUCCGGCGCAAUCUGUGGCGGAGCGGCCUCCGAUCGGAGGUGCAGCUCCGCGAGCUUCUCCGCCGCGGCCUCUCCUCCGCGUCGCCGUCGCUGCCCCCCUUCGACCACCAGCCGCGGCCGUACAAGGGGAUGCUGGCCGAUGAGGUCCUCGAGAAGCGGAAGAAGUUUCUUGGACCAUCGCUGUUCUAUUACUACCAGAAGCCACUGAAUAUUGUGGAAGGGAAAAUGCAGUAUCUUUAUGACGAGACCGGAAAACGUUAUCUUGAUGCCUUCGCCGGCAUAGUCACGGUAUCUUGCGGGCAUUGUCAUCCUGAUGUGGUGAACGCGGUGGUGGAGCAGUCACAGUUACUCCAGCACACCACCACCAUUUAUUUGCAUCAUGUCAUUGUUGAGUUUGCUGAAGCUCUAGCUUCGAAAAUGCCAGGCAACCUUAAGGUUGUGUAUUUCGUCAAUUCAGGGACUGAAGCAAAUGAAUUAGCAAUGUUGAUGGCUCGAAUGUAUACUGGGAAUCUAGGCAUGAUUGCCUUGAGAAAUGCAUACCAUGGUGGAAGUGCUGGUACAAUAGGACUGACAGCUUUACAUACUUGGAAAUACCCAAUUCCUCAGGGUGAGAUUCAUCAUGUUAUGAACCCUGACCCUUAUCGAGGAGCAUUUGGCUCUGAUGCAGCUCGUUAUGCAAAAGAAGUCGAAGACCAUAUUAACUAUGGUACUUCUGGAAAUGUCGCAGGCUUUAUUGCAGAAACUUUUCAGGGAGUUGGAGGUGCUGUUGAAUUGGCACCAGGGUACCUAAAGUUGGUAUAUGAUAUCGUUCGGAAGUCUGGUGGAGUCUGCAUAGCAGAUGAGGUUCAGAGCGGAUUUGGCAGGACAGGAAGCCAUUAUUGGGGAUUUGAGACACAGGGUGUCAUUCCCGACAUUGUCACAAUGGCAAAGGGUAUUGGCAAUGGCCUACCACUAGGAGCAGUUGUCACAACUCCUGAAAUAGCAAGUGUGAUGUCCAAAAGAAUCCAAUUCAACACUUUUGGCGGAAAUCCGGUAUGUUCUGCUGGUGGACUAGCUGUGCUCAAGGUUCUGGACAAGGAAAAGCGUCAAGCACAUUGCGCCGAUGUUGGUUUCCAAUUGAUAGAUCGGCUGAGAACCCUUCAGCAAAAGCAUGACAUCAUUGGAGAUGUCAGAGGCAGGGGAUUGAUGUUGGGAGUAGAACUUGUAUCCGACAAGGACAAGACACCUGCCAAGGCAGAGGCAGCAGUCUUGUUUGAGAAGCUUAAGGAUCUGGGAGUUCUGGUUGGGAAAGGAGGUCUUCAUGGUAAUGUUUUUAGAAUAAAGCCGCCGAUGUGCUUCACCAAACAGGAUGCAGAUUUCUUGGUCGACGCACUUGACUAUGCCAUUUCGCGCUUGUGAAGCCUGUCGAUUUGAUCAGGAAGGCAAAUUAAUGGGCUUCCAUUGCUCAGCAACAAAUCUGGUAAAUCACUUGAGACACUUCCUAGUGGUUGACGCUAAUGUAGCUUCUUCUCCAAAUUGAGGAGAAAAAAGAAAGCUGAGCAAAUGUCAUUCGAGCUUGUCAAAAAAAUUGUCUCAAUUAGGACAUGUUCUUGUUCAAUUAUUUUCUCUGUUUUCACCUUCUGCAAGUUUGUUUUUUGGGGGGGGACAAAAGGUAAGUGGAGAAAGCCAAAUUUGUUCCCCGAAUCUUGUGAUAAACAAUUAAAAUCUUUCAGUUAAAUUAGCUGAUAUUUUUCA